AUGAGCGACUACAACUCUGCAACGAAAAGAAAGCGCUCCCGCUCUCCUCCCGCCUGGCGAAAGAGAGAUGACGGUCGACAAUAUCGAGACCGCAGCGCGCCUCGCAAUGAUCAAGGGGGACAGUCACAGCGAUGGUCUCACAAAGAUCAAAUGAAGAUAAACCAGUUACAAGAAGACGAGCGGAUGCGGGAAUGGGUUGCACAAGAAGACGACUUUGUGCUUAAGCAGGCGAAGAAGAAGGCGGAAAUUCGAGUCAAAGAAGGCCGCGCGAAGCCGAUAGACUGGCUUGCUGUGACGUUGCGCGUGGUCGAUCCUACGAGGAAUCCCCUGGACGACGAGAUUGACGAGAAAGACCUGGACUUUAUGGACCCCCAGAGCGUGUUCGAAGGACUUUCUGAAUCACAACUGGCCGACUUGCGCAAGGACAUCGAGACGUAUAUGAACCUGGAGUCUCACAACAAGAAUCGAGAAUACUGGCGGACGAUGCAGAUCAUAUGCAAAGAUCGGCAGAAGAAACUCCGGACGGGUGGACCAGACGGGCGGGCGGUCAGUUCGGUGGCGUCGGAUAUUGACAAAUUGCUCGGUCCCAAGACGUACGAGCAGUUGGAAGUGCUGGAGAAGCAGAUCAGGUCGAAGCUGGAUUCCGACGAACCCAUAGAUACGGAUUACUGGCAGCAACUCCUGGACAGUCUGCUUGUGUGGAAAGCGAAAGCCAAGUUGAAGAAUGUAUAUCAGGACGUUCUCAAGUCGCGGCUGAAACAACUGAGAGACGAAAACGAAGCAAAGGCAAUCGAGGCUCGCCAGAAGAUGCUCGACGCUGGCGUUCAACCUUCCAGCAACUUCGAAUACACGAAAGACCUGGACCCGGAUCCAUUACUGGAGAUCCCGUCCAGGGACAAAGGGCUCGAGGUCGUCGACGAGAAAGACUUUCUGCAAUCCGUCGCCAGUGCCCGACGGAAGGUGCUAAACAUGGGCUACGUACCGGAGCCGAAAUCUACAGGUCUGAAAUCCUCGUCGUCGUCCGCAAUCACCACCACCGCCACUCAGACGUCACGUACCGCUCGGCCGGACCCGACGUCUCGCUUCGACACGGUCGACGACUCCUCGGCAACCAAGGCGCUCUUUGACCGCGAAGUUGCGAAGGGCGUCAACGAGAACGAAGAAAUCUUCGCCGGCGAGGAAACUCUCGACGACCCUUCGUCGUCGUCGUCGUCCGCGAAGCCGCUCUGGAGCAACAAAUACCGCCCCCGCAAACCGAAAUACUUCAACCGCGUCCAGAUGGGCUACGAGUGGAACAAGUACAAUCAGACGCACUACGACCACGACAACCCGCCCCCCAAGGUCGUCCAGGGGUACAAAUUCCACAUCUUCUAUCCGGAUCUCAUCGACCCGACCAAGGCGCCGACGUACAAGAUCAUCCGCGAGGGGGGCCGGAAGAAGGGCCAGACCAUGGCCCCCGCAGGCGAGGAGGACACCUGCAUCAUUCGGUUCAUGGCCGGACCGCCGUACGAAGACGUUGCUUUCAGGAUCGUCGAUCGCGAUUGGGAUUACUCGGCGAAGCACGAUCGUGGCUUUAAGAGCACGUUUGAAAAGGGCAUUUUGACGCUCCAUUUCAGUUUCAAGAGGAUCGUGUAUAGGAAGUAA